GUCACUUUCGCCAAAAAACGACAAGAGGCUGCUGUUGCGCGACCCCCACCGGCUCAAACUUUAGCGGACUGGAGUCUGCCGAAUAAAGAGGAUGAACGCCGCUCUAAAACACUGGAAGGAGGCGGCUACUCUGAUUUUAGCCGCCGGUCACAGACUCGGAGCGGACGGUUUAUCGUCAUUAGGGUCACGUCACCCUCCGCAUCGCUCCGGCUUUAAUUACGACGUGUUGCUCUUGAAACGAAGCUCGAAGAGCGGAUUCAUGCCCAACGCCUACGUGUUUCCUGGCGGCAUGGUUGACUCCUCGGACUUCUCCAGUGACUGGUUGGACAUUUUAAAAUAUUUUAUUAACGCCCCUAGUUUUGGGCUGAGGAGUGUAAAACAGCCGGCGGAGAGUCGGCCCCAAAUUUUCGCCACGGAUCGGUUGAAACUCGGUUCGCCCAUCCCGGGGGAGGUCGCCCUGCGGAUCUGCGCGUUGCGGGAGACGUUCGAGGAGUCCGGUGUGCUGCUGGUUGUGUCUAGAAAGGAAGAAACGCGUUUGUUGAAAAGCCUUGAAGACGGUUGUGCUCAAGCCUUAACUGGUCACGAUUUGUGCAGCGAAGAGCUCGAGAAGUGGAGAGCGCUGGUGAUCCAAAACCCGUCCAACUUUAUCCGGAUGUGCAGAGAGUUGGAGGUUCUGCCCAACAUCUGGGCUUUACAUGAGUGGGCCAACUGGCUGACUCCUGCAGGCAGAUACGGCUCCACGAGGUUUGACACCGCUUUCUUCAUUUGCUGCUUACAGAAGAUUCCAGCCACGCUCCAGGAUGAAAAGGAAAUUGUGCGCUUUCAGUGGUCCACACCCUCAGAGAUUCUGCAGAGCUUCCAGGCCCAACAGCUGUGGAUCGCACCUCCUCAGUUCUACGAGCUCAGCCGUUUGUGUCGGUUUCCUUCACUGAACGACCUCCACAGCUUUGCCUACCGGCGAGCAGCAGAGGGCUGUGAACAGUGGAUGCCUAUUGUUGUCCCGAAUGAUGAACACCACAUAUCUCUGCUGCCAGGGGACAAACUUUAUCCGCAUGACUCUUCAGGCCGGACAGAGGUUGGGCAUACCACAGACUCUCAGGAUGACGCUGGACUGCACCGCAUAGUUCUCUUAGAUCCGUACACCGUGAGCCUCCAGGUCACCAUCAAACCCAAGUACAACCACCUGCUCCCUGUUGUGGAACCAGCCUCAACACAUAUCUCAGAAAGUCACCUUUGACCUGCAACUUGCCUCUUCCUUCUCAUUUUUCCAGCACAUGAAAGAAGCAGAUUAGCUGUUUAGCUAAAUAAAUUCAAUAUAUUAAUA